GGUUAAAGUUGCCUACCGGUCGAUUACCCGGUCUGGCCCUGCUGCUAAACAACUGUCAAGAUGCCUUCCGCAAACAGACUUUCCAAGAAGGAGGAGUACGAUGAGAAGCUGUGUGGGCUUCUCGACGGCUACGACAAGUGCUUCGUCGUCCAUGCUGACAACGUCGGCUCCAGGCAGUUCAUGGACAUCCGCAGGGGUCUGCGCGAUGUGGGCGACAGCAUUGUGCUGAUGGGCAAGAACACCAUGAUGAAGAGGUCCAUCCGCCUUUACUGUGAGAAAACCGGAGAUGACAAGUGGCCUGCCCUGCUGGACCACCUGGUCGGUAAUGUCGGCCUCAUCUUCACCAAGGCCGACCUGGCUGAGCUGAGGGAUGAGAUUGAGAAGUACAAGGUCGGUGCGCCUGCGCGUGUGGGUCUUGUGGCCCCCAACAGUGUGGUGGUGCCUGCCGGUAACACUGGGCUGGACCCCUCUCAGACCUCUUUCUUCCAGGCCCUCAACAUCCCCACCAAGAUUAACAGGGGUACCGUGGAAAUUGUGUCGGACGUCCACCUGAUCAAGGCGAGUGAGAAGGUCGGAGGCUCUGAGGCCACCCUGCUGUCCAAGCUGGGCAUCAAGCCCUUCUCGUACGGCCUCGUCCUCCUCAAGGUGUUUGAGGACGGCGCGAUGUACGACCCCAAGGUGCUGGACAUCAAGGACGAGGACCUGAUGGACAGUGUGAUGACGGCCAUCACGCGCAUCGCCGCGGCCUCCCUGGAACUGGGCUACCCCACCCUCGCCUCCAUCCCCCACUCCGUCAUCAACGGCUACAAGAACGUCCUUGCCAUCUCCGUUGCCACCGACUACGACUUCCCCCUCGCCGAGAAGGUCAAGGCCUUCCUGGCGGACCCUUCUGCCUUUGUGGUGGAGGCUGCCCCCGCUGCUGGCGGCGGCGGCGCUGCCGAGGAGAAGGCUGAGGCCAAGCCGGUUGAGGAGGAGGAGGAAGAGGAGGAGGAGGACAUGGGCUUCUCCCUCUUCGACUAGGCCAGAGACAUGGAGGGCACGAGGAAGCAUAAGGCAGGCUUCUGAAAACAGGCUUCUCCUGCAUGUAUUGCUUCUUUGUUGCUCUGCAUGUUGUGUCAGCCGGAGGUCCUCUUAAUGCCCUGUCAUGUAAAGGUGCUAUCUUGCAAUGCGUAUUAUAUACACGCUGUACGAUAUAUGAUAUCGGUCAAGUAGAGUUCCCAAAUAC